AUGUUAAACAAAAAAAGGAAAGGAAUUACAUUGCAUGCGAACGCAGUCCGUGACUCAGCACGUCACAUCCUUGAUUCUCCGCAACCGGAAUCCGAAGAUGCCCUCAACCUGGCUAAAGCCCUCCGAUCCCGACCACCUGUCAACAUGUUGCCAGCCGCCAAAGCUGGCACCUUCUUUGCAAGAGAUAAUCUCUCCAACUUCAUUGACUGGUGUAGGAAAGCUCUUGGAGUCUUAGAAUGCCUUCUCUUCGAAACAGACGACUUGUGUCUGAGAAAGAAUGAGAAGCAUGUCGUCCUAUGUCUAUUGGAGGUUGCUAGAAGAGGUGCCGUGUUAGGCAUGCCAGCACCCUUGUUGGUUCAGAUGGAAAGGCAGAUUGAAAGAGAAUUAGCGGGUGAAGAACUAAGACCUGAUGAUUCGGCCCUAGGCUUAGUGCCUUGUGGACCGCAGCCCCAAUUGGUGACGAAUGAUUUGAGAAGUUUAGACGAGAGAGUCAGGGAUUUAGUUGAGAGGUGUUCCUGUCCAACACAAUUCCCUAUGGUGAGGGUUUCGGAAGGAAAAUACAGGAUUGGUGAUACCAGGAUGCUGAUCUUCGUCAGGAUCCUCCGUUCCCACGUCAUGGUACGCGUCGGUGGUGGCUGGGAUACUCUAGCCCACUACCUGGAUAAACACGAUCCAUGCCGUUGCCGAGCCCAGCACCGCUCCUCCCUCUCAGCUCGCCUAGCCCGCCCUAAACACGACUUAGCCGGCGCCACCGUCACUUACGAACGCACCCCAGAACCAUCAGGUCCAACCUCACUCCCAUACAAGCCAGAUUCAAAGUCCUAUGAACCCAUGUCACUACAAUACAAUUCUAAGGUCUACCACGAAGAGCCAAGGUCUGGACACUACCAAUCAAAUCACAGACUUGAAGCUCCUACCAGUCUACCUUACCUAGGAGACAUGGACAGAGCAGCCUCACCUAGUAGGAAGCACUUGGCACCGAGGGCUAACAGCCCAAAACGAAAAUCUUCUUCUCCUGAAAGGAGAACCAAAAUUGUGGCUUCAACUCAUUUGGUACCGACGCCCCAUGGGAUAAGAAACAAGUCUCCUAGACCGGUCUCGCCCGCACCAGCCGCUGAGAGCGCCUCCGAUAAUGGGUCUGAGGUCUCGGACGAGGGAUACAGGAGUCUGGGAGUGGUGGCUGGAUCCACUCAGGGAUCUCCAUCCACAAAAACGACUAAUAGAUACUCGAUGCACAGCCAGAACUCUAUUGAAGAUGCAGAAUUAAUUGAGCGUCUCGACCACGACGACGGUUGUCACAUGGAUAGGCCAGAACGAGUUGAUGAACACGUGAGCCUGAACACAGGUCUACGUAAGACCGACUUCUCUGAAACUUUCUACGGUGGCCGCAAAACUAGCUCCAUCGAUGAGAAAUCAGUUAGGAGCAGUCCUGACCGCGUAGUCGUCAACGAAAGCAACGACUCCCCAAGUAAAAGCCUCAGACCAACGCGGGAACCUUCAGCGUCACCCACAAAGACAAUUAGGAGCCGUCAAGCGAGUCGGAUCCCUCACUCCCCGGUGCGAAAUCGAACUCCGACUCGAGCUAAUACUCCUAGUCCAAAGCACACUACAAAUUCCAUACAGACCUCACCAAAGCCGACUCCAAAACUCCCACCUACAACUAGAAAUACUUGGGGAGGAAGAUCUGCUCCCAACCAGGCAAAAACAAAAGCCAGGCCUACGAUAGGAGCUGAUACUUUUGAAAAUCCCAACAAAUCUCCAAAAAUGAAACCGAAAGCCCCACAACCUGAGGCUUUUAAGAGGAAUUCUCCCCUCAGAGCCAGCAGUGCCACUCUGAGGUCUCCACCGAAUAACAAAUGUUUAAGUCCUCUACUAGAACAAAUACUUAGAUCAGCAGAAACUGCCAAAGAUGACAUGGCAGUUUUGGAGAAAAUGAAAGAAAUUAUUAGGACCUAUUCAAAAGGAGACGAUUCUUUAUCUAGAACUAGUUCCAAAGACUCAGACUAUGCCGAUUUUACAUCAGCUUGGGUAAUGUCUGAUGGUAAAUUAGAAAGAUCUACUAGCACUAGACAAUUGGCUACUCCUAGAAAAGACCAAAGGAAUGGCGCGUCCAGAAUACCUGCGCCCGUAGCUAUUGGUUGCAGGAGAUCGACAUCCACAUCACAAUUCCAAUGA